AUGGACCGCAGAAGGGGCAGAGAAGACGAUGAUAGUGGCGACGAGCGAGUCGUGCCUCCAUCCUCGCCACAAGGACCUUCGAUAGAAAGGUCCUCUCCUUUGGGCUCACCGGAAGAAAUAGAUUUCGAAAACCCAGACGGAGAAGUGCCAGAUCAAGUUGAGGAUUUAGAUGACAUGGAGGAGGGACUCGACGAAGUUGAUCUCAUGGGGGACGAUAUGUACCGUGACUAUGGGUCUGAUGCAUUGCGCGAUACCUACGAGACUACGGGCGUUGAUGACCGCAAUCAGCGGGAAUUGAGUUUGGCAGAAAGGCGUCGAAUUGACUCCCAACUGAACGAAAGAGACAGACUGCUACGCAGCGAAGCGUAUAUGGAUGACGACGAAGAUCUUGACAAAGCCCAUGUGGAUGAAAUGGGUCUCCCAGUGCAACGUCGGCGCAGGAGGCGACAAUACGAGGAUGACGAUGACUUGUUGUCUGAUAUUGAUAUGGACCCACUGGCUGAAGAGUUAACACUUGAGUCCCUAAGUGAUGUUAAAGCUUCAAGUUACACUGAGUGGAUAACCCAGCCCAACGUCGCGUGUACAAUUGCCCGAGAGCUGAAAUCCUUUUUACUUGAAUACACUGAUGAGUGGGGAAGAUCAGUCUACGGUGCCAGAAUCAGAACAUUGGGUGAACUAAACUCUGAAUCUUUGGAGGUCAACUAUAGACAUCUCGCCGAGUCCAAAGCUAUUCUUGCUCUUUUUCUUGCGAAAUGUCCUGAAGAGAUGCUCAAAAUCUUCGACGUUGUGGCAAUGGACGCCACCCAACUCCACUAUCCGGAUUAUGCCAGAAUUCAUUCGGAAAUCCACGUUAGAAUAUCAGACUUCCCCACUGUUCUCAAUUUACGCGAAUUAAGAGAAUCGAACCUUAACUCUUUAGUUCGCGUAACAGGGGUUGUCACGCGGAGAACAGGUGUGUUCCCUCAGCUAAAGUAUGUCAAGUUCAACUGUCUCAAAUGCGGUGCAGUCUUGGGUCCUUACUUCCAAGAUUCAAAUGAAGAAAUAAAGAUUUCCUUUUGUACGAAUUGCAGGUCUAAGGGUCCCUUCAGAACAAAUGCUGAAAAAACUCUAUACAGAAAUUAUCAACGUCUAACACUACAAGAAGCGCCAGGAACUGUUCCGGCUGGAAGGCUUCCUCGGCACAGGGAAGUUAUUUUGCUUUGGGAUUUAGUGGACAUCGCAAAGCCCGGAGAAGAAAUCGAAGUUACAGGCGUUUACAAAAACAACUAUGAUGGGAACUUGAAUGCCAGGAAUGGAUUUCCUGUCUUUGCUACCAUAAUAGAGGCAAAUUCCAUUAGAAGGAGAGAAGGGGGGCGAAGAAGUGGAGAAGACGAAGAGGGUCUAGACGUUUUUGGUUGGACCGAAGAAGAGGAAAGAGAAUUCAGGAAAAUAUCUAGGGAUCGCGGUAUAAUUGACAAAGUCAUAUCCUCUAUUGCUCCCUCUAUUUACGGGCACAAAGACAUUAAAACAGCAGUCGCUUGUGCGCUGUUUGGUGGUGUUCCCAAAAAUGUCAACGGAAAGCAUUCGAUUCGUGGUGACAUCAAUGUGUUACUACUUGGUGAUCCCGGAACUGCAAAAUCCCAGAUCUUGAAGUACGUGGAGAAAACUGCUCAUCGUGCAGUAUUUGCGACAGGUCAAGGUGCAUCUGCUGUUGGUCUUACGGCAUCUGUAAGGAAGGACCCAAUUACCAGAGAAUGGACAUUAGAGGGAGGUGCACUUGUAUUAGCUGACAAAGGUGUUUGCUUGAUUGAUGAAUUUGAUAAGAUGAACGAUCAAGAUCGUACCUCCAUUCACGAAGCUAUGGAACAGCAAAACAUUUCAAUUUCGAAAGCUGGUAUAGUGACAUCUUUGCAGGCAAGAUGCUCAAUUAUCGCUGCUGCUAACCCAAACGGAGGUCGCUACAACUCGGCUCUGCCCUUGGCACAGAAUGUUGACCUAACAGAGCCCAUUUUAUCUCGUUUUGAUAUAUUGUGCGUUGUGAGAGACCUGGUUGACGAGGUGAAAGAUGAAAGGCUUGCGCGCUUCGUAGUGGACUCACAUUUGAGGUCUCAUCCUUUGCAUGAUAAAGUAGGCGGAAACGGUUCUGCUGAUGAAGAUGCAAAUGACGCAGACGCUGCCGUAGAUGAAGAGCCCAUGUCUUCGAGGCAACGGCGUCUACAAAGAGAUAGAGAAAGAGAAGAAGAAAUUUCUCCAAUACCUCAAGAUACUCUGAUGAAAUAUAUCCAGUAUGCGCGUACUAAGAUAUAUCCCAAAUUGCAUCAAAUGGAUAUGGAUAAAGUGAGCAGAGUAUAUGCAGACUUGAGACGUGAAAGUAUCACUACAGGGUCGUUCCCGAUUACUGUCCGUCACUUGGAGUCCAUUUUGAGAAUUGCAGAGUCUUUCGCAAAAAUGAGGCUUUCCGAGUUCGUAUCAUCUUGGGAUCUUGACAGAGCCAUUAAGGUCAUCGUGGACAGUUUCGUUGGAGCGCAAAAAAUUAGUGUUCGCAGGCAGUUACAGAGGUCGUUCUCUAUCUAUACUUUAGGGCAAAACUAA